AUGGAGAAAGAAUUCUGGGCAAUCUAUAUAGAUCCUGAUCAGUGUGACUCCAACCCUUGCCAGAAUGGUGGGACCUGUAUUGAUAGGCCUCAGGACUACUUUUGCAUUUGUCCUCCAGAACACGAAGGCAGAAAUUGUGAAAUAGGACCAGAAACCAAGCUGAAAUGCUUUUUUAAAAAUGGCAAUUGUGAGCAGUUUUGUGUAGAUUCCCCAACCACAUUAAGACAGUGCUCUUGUGCAGAGGGAUACAGGCUAGCAAGUGACCAAGUAUCCUGCAUCGCAGAAGUUGAUUAUCCCUGUGGGAAAAUACCUGUUCUGGCAAAAAGGCCAAAUCAGCAAGGAAGAAUCGUGGGUGGUUAUGACUGUCCUCCAGGCGAAUGUCCGUGGCAAGCACUCAUAACAGAAAAUGGAAAUGAAAAAUGUGGAGGUAUUCUGGUUGCUCCAUCCUGGGUCAUUUCAGCAGCUCACUGCUUUUCUCAUCUCCGCAAAGAAAAUCUCAGGAUAAGGCUUGGUGAAUACCAUCUCAACCAUAGAGAUGAAGGUGAACAAGAAAGACGAGUUGAUGAAUUAAUAAUCCAUGAAAAUUAUUCUUUCAAAACCGUUGACAAUGACAUCGCCUUGCUGCACUUAUCAGCCCCAGUCAAUUUCUCUGAGUAUGUGGUACCCAUCUGCUUGCCACCUCCUCGAUUUGCAGCAGACAUAUUAAACUAUGUUGAAUUCUCCACAGUGAGUGGGUGGGGGCGUCUCUUGGAAGGCGGAUCAACUUCAGCACUUCUUAUGCGAGUGGAAGUCCCCAAAAUACACAAAAAGGAAUGUGUUCGGCACACUAAAUUCAAUAUUACAGACAACAUGUUCUGUGCAGGUUAUCUCGAUGGGAGUAAAGAUUCUUGUGAAGGUGACAGUGGUGGACCUCAUGUAACUGAAUACAAAAAUACUUGGUAUCUAACGGGACUUGUGAGCUGGGGUAAAGGGUGUGCUGCAAUAGGAACAUAUGGAGUUUAUACAAAAGUUAUAAAAUAUCAUCAGUGGCUAAAUAACCAUAUGGAUUCCUAAUACAUAUUGCUUCCAAAUUUCCCUUUCUUUGCCCAAAUCCAUAAUAUUUAAUGUUGGAAUUUAGCUUAUAACUGGCUCAUAUAUUUUAAAUUAGAUUCUACAUUUUAAAUCUGUAGUAAAACUUCAAUUUAAUUAACUGCCAUUAAAUAAUUUUCCUAGUUU